AUGGUAGACUGUCUGAGCAUUACAUCUGUUGGUGGUGGUGGUAGACACCAAUUUUGUCUUUCUGUUUGCAAAGCUCUUCUCUUUCCUUGUCUAAACGUAGAUGUUUCGAAUCAACCAACCUCCUCCUCUGCUGCAUCACAUGUGAUUAGGAGAUCAUACUCUAGCAAGUCGUUUGCAGGCUACAACUAUAGAUAUGCAAUUGAUCCCAAUCUACAACUUGUUCAUUAUACUCUUGAUCAAGCGAUUGCAUGGAGAGCUCCAGCUCUAGACAGUGGAGUAGGUAUACCAAUCUAUCAGUACCACUCUGCCUAUGUCUAUGGUGAUCGUUACAUGUACUCGACCAAUGCCAACUAUGGACAAGGCUGGAUCAAGGAUGGACCUGUCUUUAAUGGUUUUGCUACUGCUUCGGCCGUCGAUGGAACCGUUCCAAUCUAUCGAUACUCGAUUUCAAAUAGCGAUGCCGGGCCAAGAUACAUGUAUAGUACCAACAAAAACAUCCCCAAAUCAACCGAUUGGGUGAUAGAGACGGUUGCCUUUCACUGUCUGCCAUUGCCUCAAGUUGUACUACCAGAUUAUGUCCUCAAGUUGAGCACUGGCAAGGUUGUCGUUCCAUCAAACACUGCCUAUUCGUUUGGAGUAUCAAAUUUCUCGGUCACUACAUUAUUCCGUACUACUGUCGCUGGCUCUUUGGUCACCAGAAAGUCGGCAGAAGGUCGUGAAGGUAAUGGAGGGUGGACUUUGACGGUUGCUGCCAACGGAGUGUUUACAUUCCUCACUGACAAUGGCACAGGAUUCAGUCGUGCAAAGACUGGCAACACCAAGGCGCUAAACGGACAAUGGCAUCACGUUGCAGCCAUCAGAAUCGGUGCAUCGUUGGAGAUUUGGCUGGAUGGUGUCAAACAAACAGUUACUAUAGCCAACCAGACAGCAACACCUCCAUUAGAUGUCGGAACGAAUGGAUAUCCAGUCACCUUUGGCGACAAUGACCAAGUCCCUCUUCAAUUUGUUGGCGAGUUGGAAGACGUGACCAUCUGGAAUGUGGCUAUUAACAAGACUCAACUUGCAAGCACCAUGUUUAAUAUUGUCGAUGGAAACGAGACUGGAUUGGUUGGAUACUGGCCCAUGGACUAUGACCUCACCGACAAAUCAAUUACCGGUGCCAAUGGAAUGGGCUUUGGUGGCAUGUCGUAUUUGCCAAAUUUUAACACCAAAUUUGUUCAAGGAGGUACAAACCAAUACUCUUUUGUAUCGGUAGUCAAUCACGCAAACUCAAAGAGACCAGAUGACCCAGCCACUAUCGCUCGUACUCAGGUUAUCACCGUGGUUAGUGGGGCACCGAUCCUGGCAGUCAGUCUUUGUGCAAUGUCAUUCCACACAUUCCCAGCAGGGUUCACACUAUCAAUGACCGAUCCAACUGGAACCGUUUACAACACUGUACAAAACACGGCAACAGUGUAUGUGUCGAUGGUUGGAAGUUCGGUCUACCAGAUGGUGGUUCGACAACCAAAGGUUGGAGAUUGGGUGGCCACAGUCACCGGUCCAGUCGACAUCCCAUUCCAUCUCUGUCUCAGCACCGUGCCCAGUCGAAACAUUGUUCCGACCAUCCAAACCUCGUUGAUGCCGCUGUACAAGGUCGAUCCAAUGACCGGUGACAUUAUGGACUCUCCAUUUGAAGGUCGUCGUCUUGGUUUCAAAUCAGUACUCAAAAAAUCAGCCUAUCUUGGAUACUCUACCAAUGGACUGAGUGUAAUGUCGGCUGUUUUAUCAGUCACCCAACCAGACAUGCCAACCACAUCGACCGUCACUGCGCCACAAGCCUUGUCGGCGGCCAUGGGCACGUCGAAAAGCUUUGUCAAUGCUAUUUCCGGUCUCAGUCCAAUGGAGGCGUCAAAGAGAACCGCCAUCGAUGUUGAAGGCUCUGGCAACCCAAACAUCCAAUCUCUUUUCAAACUGGUUUGGGAUAAUGUCAAGGUCGCAGUCACAGUCAACGGCCAGACUGUUUACCGUGCCACCACCGACACAUCGUUGUUCCUUGACAGAGUUCAAAUGGCGCUUGCCGACGACCACCAGCUUCAACUUGAUAUCGGUGGACAAGGUCGCAGUAUAUUGAAUCGUUGUGGUUUCAUUGAUGCAAUCAACGUCAACACUAUUGUCAAGAGCACAUAUCAAGAGAUUGGAGGAGAUGGAUUGUACACCUAUCUUGACAUUCCAAACAAUAUCGUUUUGCAAAGUUGGACCAGUCCCAUCCCACUCAAAGACGGCUCUGUCAACUAUAUCACAAUGCAAGGAGCCGCACUGACAGACUUUAUCGUAACAGAGAUCUCUCGUUUGAUUGCCCCCGCUGGAAAGGUUGGGCUAUGGAUCAGCCCAACCUACUUGCCAAAGGUCCAAACAUUGGCAACCAACCUCAACACCACCAUCAAGUACAGUUGUUCUGGAGGUACCAAUCCUUCGAUCUGCAGUGUCGACUGUGUUGAUGAGUUUGAUGGAAACUAUUCUGGUUUCCCAAUCUAUACCAAAAUGUGUCUCACCAACCAAAGAAUCUCUGCAUUCAAGUCGCCACCAUUUGUUCAGCCAAUCGCAGAGGAGCCAAUCGCAGAACCAGAAUCAGACUUUGUCAUGGUCCAAGGAGAAAAGGAAAAAGAAGAAUCAAAUCAAGUAAAGGUCGAUCCCUUACUCGAGCAAAUGAAGAAAUUAUUUGAAUCAUUAUCACCAAAAGACAUUGAAUAUAUUACUCAAUCAUCAAGAAAAUAA